GGGUGGGGCCUGUACCUUGGCCCUAAGUUCCUGCUGGCGCCGUUUCGGGUUCGUAUUUCCUCAAACCUCCAGGCGCCUUCAGCGUGUGAACCGUUACGCAGCUUGUCCUCCUGGGGCGGAGGGCAAGCGGCUGUGUAUGCCCAGCGACCCUGCACGCAUGCGUGGAGCUGUACGGCCAGCGUGCGUAUGACGUCACGUGCGCGCCCGGCUAGACUCGCCGUAGGUUUCUUUCUAGAGUGCGGCAACAAGUUGUCAGCUUCUCUAGCUGAAUUUGCUUUGGACAUCAGUGUGAAACAGAACCGAUAUGCCACUUGAAUUAAUAAGGAAAGUCAAUGGGUGCCUGAAGUUGAGCCACUAAGUAAAUUACAUAGAUAUCCGAUCCCUACAGCCAGGUUGUGAUUAUAGCAAGAAAUAUAUUAAGGGAAGGCUUUCACUUACCUUUUUAACUUAUCGUGGAAAUAAAACAGCUGUUUUGUGGAUUGGACUACAAGGUUUAUGUUGAAUCCUGUAAGAGAUCUUUCUACAGAAUCAAUGUCUUUGGUUCCAACAACAAAUUACAUAUAUACACCCCUGAAUCAACUUAAGGGUGGUACAGUUGUCAAUGUCUACGGUGUUGUGAAGUUCUUUAAGCCCCCAUAUCUAAGCAAAGGAACUGAUUAUUGCACAGUUGUAACAAUUGUGGACCAGACAAAUGUAAAAUUAACUUGCCUGCUCUUUAGUGGAAACUAUGAAGCCCUUCCAAUAAUUUAUAAAAAUGGAGAUAUUGUUCGCUUUCACAGGCUAAAGAUUCAAGUGUAUAAAAAGGAGACUCAGGGUAUCACCAGCCCUGGCUUUGCAUCUUUGACAUUUGAGGGAACUUUGGGAGCACCUAUCAUACCUCGUACUUCAAGCAAGUAUUUUAACUUCACUACAGAGGACCACAAAAUGGUAGAAGCCUUACGUGUUUGGGCAUCUACUCAUAUGUCACCGUCUUGGACAUUACUAAAAUUGUGUGAUGUUCAGCCAAUGCAGUAUUUUGACCUGACUUGUCAGCUCUUGGGCAAAGCAGAAGUGGAUGGAGCAUCAUUUCUUCUAAAGGUAUGGGAUGGCACCAGGACACCAUUUCCAUCUUGGAGAGUCUUAAUACAAGACCUUGUUCUUGAAGGUGAUUUAAGCCACAUCCAUCGGCUACAAAAUCUGACAGUAGAUAUUUUAGUCUACGAUAACCAUGUUCAAGUGGCAAAAUUUCUGAAGGUUGGAAGCUUUCUUAGAAUCUAUAGCCUUCAUACCAAACUUCAAUCAAUUAAUUCAGAGAAUCAGACAAUGUUAAGUUUAGAGUUUCAUCUUCAUGGAGGUACCAGUUAUGGUCGGGGAAUCAGGGUCUUGCCAGAAAGUAACUCUGAUGUGGAGCAACUGAAAAAGGAUUUAGAAUCUGCAAAUUUGACAGCCAGUCAGCAUUCAGAUGUUAUCUGUCAAUCAGAACCUGAUGACAGCUUUCCAAGCUCUGGGUCAGUAUCAUUAUACGAGGUAGAAAGAUGUCAACAGCUAUCUGCUACAAUACUUACAGACCAUCAGUAUCUGGAGAGGACACCACUAUGUGCCAUUUUGAAACAGAAAGCUCCUCAACAGUAUCGCAUCCGAGCAAAAUUGAGGUCAUAUAAGCCCAGAAGACUAUUUCAGUCUGUUAAACUUCAUUGCCCUAAAUGUCAUUUACUGCAAGAAGUUCCACAUGAGGGCGAGUUGGAUAUAAUUUUACAAGAUGGUGCAACUAAAACCCCAGAUGUCAAGCUACAAAAUACAUCAUUAUAUGAUUCGAAAAUCUGGACCACUAAAGAUCAAAAAGGACGAAAAGUAGCAGUUCAUUUUGUGAAAAAUAAUGGUAUUCUCCCACUUUCAAAUGAAUGUCUACUUUUGAUAGAAGGAGGUACACUCAGUGAAAUUUGCAAACUUUCAAACAAGUUUAAUAGUGUAAUUCCUGUGAGAUCUGGCUAUGAAGACCUGGAACUCUUGGACCUUUCAGCACCAUUUUUUAUACAAGGAACAGUACAUCACUAUGGAUGUAAACAAUGUUCUAAUUUGAGAUCCAUACAAAAUCUGAAUUCCUUGGUUGAUAAGACAUCGUGGAUUCCUUCUUCUGUGGCAGAAGUAUUGGGUGUUGUACCGCUCCAAUAUGUGUUUAUUAUGACAUUUACUCUUGAUGAUGGAACAGGUGUGUUAGAAGCGUAUCUCAUGGAUUCUGACAAAUUCUUCCAGAUUCCAGCAUCAGAAGUUCUAAUGGAUGAUGACCUUCAGAAAAGUAUGGAUAUGAUCAUGGAUAUGUUUUGUCCUCCAGGAAUAAAAGUUGAUGCAUAUCCAUGGUUGGAAUGCUUCAUCAAGUCAUACAAUGUCACAAAUGGAACAGAGAAUCAAAUUUGCUAUCAGAUUUUUGACACCAGAGUUGCAGAAGAUGUAAUCUAAUAUUGCCAUCCAACUUAGCAUACACAAAAUGUUGUAGUUUAUUAAAAUGUUACUUUUCUAUUAGAUUAUUAUAAAACCCAUGAGAGAUUUAGCUAUUUUUUAAGUACCAUUCACAAUUCCAUUUUAACUAAUAUUUUCUAUUAUUUUGAUGAGUAGAUAUUGUGUUAUUUUAAUGCCAUCUUGUAUGCUAAAAAUGUUGCUCAAAAUCAUCAGCAUGAUGGCUUUCAGGUAUAUAAAAGAAAAAGAGACAUUGAAUAAGAACUGUCUUUUCAUUUACUCUUUUACAGUCAUUUUAGAGCAGUGAUUUUGUUACCCUACACUAGAACUCAUGUUUUCUAUUGGUUUUUCAUGUAUCAGCCACUGAUUUCUCUGCCACUCGCAAUCCCUGGUCGAGCUUCUUUUCCUGCUCUGAGUUUUGUAUCAGCAAUGUUGAUGAUGUUAGCAUGGGUAUGGGAUUAGAAAAUGUCCUUACCUUAAAUCUCUUGGCUUUUACUGGGUGCAAGGUAAAUAAUGGCUAUGAAUUUUGUUUUGCUUUUGUACAAAGGGAUCUGCUAAAGUAAGUACUGCUUAGAUAAGUGUUUGUCUGAUCAAGCUACAGUGUACUUGAAGUAGAAAUGCCAAAGUUGCUUUGUUGGGGUGCUGAUACUGAUGAUUUUAGGGUAAAUACAUUUCUUUAGUCUUGAAAUACAUGGUUUGAUUGCUUGUUUCUCUCCAGGAUAUUAGAGUUUUCUCUAUUUCACCUCAACCUAAUAAAGUGACUUAAAUUAUUCUUUUCUAAGAGUCUCAUGUAAAAUAUGCCAGUAUUACAACUUAUAACUAGUUGAAAGAGAUGUUAACUUAGUAAAAUAGUUUUUUUUUUACAUAACAAUGUCAAAUGUAAAAUCAUGAACAUUCAAUUUUGUACAAACAUUUAGAUGUAUAUAUCUAUUUAUAGAUUUAUGUAUUUUAUUUUCUAAUGACAGAUAUAGAUUACCUGGUUUAAUACUAGUGAAGAAUAAAUAAGUGCACACAUUUCAACUGUUUAAUUUAUUUGCCCUAAGUUGAGCAGAAAAAUGCCUGGCCCUGAAAAGGGUUGAUUUGAAGCAUGUCGAUCUAGAAUCAGUCAGUGGUUCUUAAAGUUGGCUUCAGGUUAUUAUCAGCUGGAGAGGGAACUUUAAAAGUAUCAGAUUCCAAGGUGUCACCCUGGAAUCUAGCUCAAGACCACAUGCAUUCAACUGCUUGCUGCACAGCUCACUAGCUAUUUGACCUUAAGCCAGUGGUUAGCCUUUCUUGAAAAUUGGGAAUUAUAAUAGUGGCCACUUUAGGAGGCCGUGAUGGGGCAGGAAGAAAUGAAAUAUUAAAAUGCUUAGACUCCAGCGCAGAAGAAAGUGUCAUAAAGGAUUGGAUGUCAGUACAUUUUGGUGACAACUAAUCGUCUUUAUUGCUACUCUCUUAAAAAGAGACUUAAAAUAUAUGCCUUUCCUCUAUUUUGCUGAUUCCUUAACAUCCCAGCCAUCAUUGCUUUAAUGGUUACAAGGGGAAGCAACUACACCCUCCAGGUUAUUUCAGGCCCAGCUAGUGAAGCUAUUAAAAGAUGAGUAUGAAA